UGGUGCGCGGCAGGCCGCUGGGAGGCCGGCGGAGCGCCGAGAUUGGGAAGCAGUUAAUCAGCGGCGGAGCGAGCGGGGCUCUUAUUUUGACAGGGCAGCGCUUGGCUCCUCGCACGGAGGAAAGUGAAUGAUCCUGUUUCUCCAAAUGAUUAUUCAGGCUCCGGCGGAGAAAGGAGCACUCGGCGCGCAGAGCCUUGCCCCUCGCCACGGCGUCCCCGCCCGCGCCCCAGCCGCCCGCACCGCGGGGCCGCGGCCCGCCGCUUCGGCCCGCCGGGGAAGUUGGGGCUCGCCGCGGCGGGCGCGGGCUGGAGCCGCCGCCGCCGCCGCCGAAAGCGCCAGGCGCGGCAGCCCGCGGCGGAGCGGAGCGGCGGGGGCCCGGCCGGCCGCGCCAUGAGCCCGGCCUGCAUGGCCGGCCCCGCGCCGCCGGCCGCCGCUGAGCCGCGCCGCGCCGCCACGGGGGGCCGGGCCGGGCUGCCCUGAGCCGCGCCGCCGCCGAGCGAGGUUUCCGACCCGAGGGCCCGGGAGCUCCCUCCCCUGGCGCUGUGGGAAGCGUUAGCCAGUCAAAUGCACCCUGACAACAAACUGCCCAGCCAUGGCAAGGCAGGCAGCAGCGGUGCCCCGGCCCAGCACCACAACGUGAGCCAAGCGCCCACCUGCAACCUGGGCUCCAAGGGUGUGGGGGCAGGCAGCCAUGGCGGCAAGGCCACCCAGAUCUCCCCUGGCAACUCUGGACUGAAAAACAGCCAGAACGCUGUCCCCAGCUUCGGAUCCUUGAAGGGCAAAGUGAAACGGGAACGAAGCAUCUCGGUGGACUCGGGAGAACAGCGCGAAGCCAGCACCCCUUCACUGGACGCUGAAUCAAAAGGUGAGGUGGCUCCCCGUAGCAAGCGACGGUGCGUGCUGGAAAGGAAGCAGCCGUACAGUGGGGACGAAUGGUGCUCCGGACCGGACAGCGAGGAGGACGACAAGCCUAUCAGCAGUGCACACAAUUGUAAUGUAGCAGAUCCUGCGAUGUCCACAGCCUCGCAGCUUGGUCCAGGGUCCAACCCGCUGCCAAACCUGAAUGAGACCAGUUCUUCCAGCGCACCUCAUGGUGCCGCCCCGGGCUUACGGCCGGAUGGUGCAGGAGGCGGAGGCGGUGGAACGGGAAAGCAGCCUUCGCAGUUCGUUUACGUCUUUACCACGCACCUUGCUAACACAGCCGCAGAAGCUGUCUUGCAGGGCCGAGCUGACUCCAUUCUGGCCUAUCAUCAGCAGAACGUCCCACGGGCAAAGCUAGACCAGGCGCCAGCUCCUAAAGUGCUGGGGGUUGCUGAGCAGCUACCGAUUAACCCGCCUGCUGCCAACACUCCGCAGUCCCAGCCGCCAGCACCGCAAGCUAGUCAGCCACAGCCGCAGCCUCCCCCGCCGCAGCCUCCGCCUGCGCCCCCGACCAUCAGCCAGACAGCUUUGCCCGCGCCCAGUGCCCUGCCGCAAGAAGGGACAGGCGAGGAUGUCCGGAGGGAUUUGACUCCCAACUCUCUGGGGAACAGCAGCAGCAGCAGCAGCACCCAGCCUGGGAGCAACCACCCAAAUGCACCCACCGCCUCUGCCAACACCAUGCAGCCCGGGCAAGUGGACUCCUCUGCCGCUUCCAGCUCCGGCCUCCUGGGGGAAGGCCCGGGCUCGGGGAUGCCGGGGAACGGGCAGGCAGGCUUGGGCUCCAGGAACCCCCUGAACUCAGAAGGGCUCUCUAAGGAACAGCUGGAGCACCGGGAGCGCUCCCUGCAGACCCUGCGGGACAUUGAACGUCUGCUGCUGCGCAGCGGGGAGGCCGAGCCCUUCAUGAAGUCCAGCCAAAGCACAGGCGAGAGCGGACCUGCCCCUCAGCCACAGGCCGCCCCUGCACAGCCCCCCGCGCCCCCCGCCAGCAUGAAGAAGUACGAAGAACCCCUGCAGUCCAUGAUUUCCCAGACACAGAGCCUGGGCGGCCCCAGCCUGGAACACGAAGUCCCUCAUCACCCAAGUGCUGACAUAGGGCAGCAGAUGAACCUGAUGAUGCAGAGGCUGAACCAGGACAGCCUGACCCCGGAGCAGGUGGCCUGGAGGAAGCUGCAGGAGGAGUACUAUGAGGAGAAGCGGCGGAAAGAGGAGCAGAUCAGCAUCCAUGGCCGGCCCAUGCAGGAGAUCAUGAUUCCACAGUCUAUGGGAGGCAUGAUGAUGCGUGGGCCGCCGCCGCCCUACCACAGCAAGCCCGGAGAGCAGUGGCCGCCAGGGAUGGGCAGCCAGCUGCGGGGACCCAUAGAUGUGCAGGACCCUAUGCAGCUGAGAGGAGGGCCGCCCUUUCCCGGGCCGCGAUUCCCUGGAAAUCAAAUGCAGAGAGUCUCUGGCUUUGGGGGGAUGCAGAACGUGCCCUUGGAUGCUCUCGGGCCCAUGAAUGCCAUGCAGAGGCCGGUGAGGCCCAGCAUGGGCUGGAGCGACGAUAUGCCUCCUAUGGGAGGCCCCGGGACCUUUCCGCAGGGCACCCUGCCCUACCCGUCAGGGCAAGGUGACCCUGAAAGGUUCAUGAAUCCCCGUGCCAGGGAGGAGAUCCUGCGGCAUCAGCUGAUGGAGAAACGCCCGGUGGCGAUGCAGCGGCCCAUGGGGAUGUCCAGCAACUCCAUGAGCCAGGGUAUGGAAAUGGAGAGGAUGAUACAGGCUCACAGGCAAAUGGAUCCGUCCAUGUUUGCCGGGCAGAUAACGGGGGACAACCUGAGCAGUGCCCCGAUGGGCAUGGAGUUUGCGGGCACUCGGGGGAUGCUGAGCCCCCCUAUGAGCCAGUCGGGCCUUCGGGACAUGGACGCGCCCAUGGGCCCCAGCAACCUCAACAUGAACAUGAACGUGAACAUGAACAUGAACAUGAACCUCAACGUCCAAAUGACCCCACAGCAGCAGAUGAUGAUGUCGCAGAAGAUGAGGGGCCCCGACAUGAUGGCGCACCAGGGCGUGAGCCCCGAGGAGCUGGCCAGGGCGAGGGCCCAGAACGGCAAUGGGGGUGCAAUGCUGGGCGGGCCCCAGAAAAUGAUGAUUCCCUCCCAGUUCCCCAGCCAAGGACAGCAAGGCUUCUCAAGCGGACAAGGGCCUUACCCCAACAUGCCCCAGGAGAUGGGCAGCGCCUCGGACAUGUUCAGCCCUGAGCAGGGUGCCAUGCCCGUGGGGAGCAUCAGCGGCACCACCAGGCUCAGCCACAUCCCCCUGCCUCCAGCCUCCAAUCCCACCCCUGCGCAAGGGGGCAACCUGGCCACCAUGCACCCGGCGCCUUCCCGGGGGCUGGGCCGCCGGCCUUCUGACCUCACCAUCAACAUCAGCCAGAUGAACUCCCCCAGCAUGGGCCACCUCAAGUCCCCCACGCUCAGCCAGGUGCACUCGCCGCUGGUCACCUCCCCCUCUGCCAACCUCAAGUCCCCGCAGACGCCCUCGCAGAUGGUCAGCAUGCCUCCUUCAAACCAGUCUGGGCCCCUGAAGUCCCCCCAGGUGAUGAGCUCCUCGCUCAACGUCCGGUCUCCCACUGGCUCACCAAGCCGCCUCAAGUCUCCUUCGAUGGCCGUUCCUUCCCCUGGUUGGGUGCCGUCUCCCAAAGCCACCAUGCCUAGCCCUGGAGUCAACCAGAGCAAGCAGAGCCUCAGCAUGAACUCGUCUGCUUCCAUGGGAGGACUGGAUCAGGGUUCUCUCCCUUCUGGGCCUAGGAGCAGUUCUUCCGCACCAGCCAGUAACACCUCUAGCACCAUGAAUCCCAAUAUGCCUUUUACUUCCUCUCCAGAUCCAUCCCCCUCCCAGAACCCCCUCUCGCUGAUGAUGUCCCAGAUGUCCAAGUACGCCAUGCCCAGCUCCACACCGCUUUACCACAACGCCAUCAAAACCAUCGCCACCUCUGAUGACGAACUGCUGCCAGACAGGCCUAUGCUCCCACCUGGAAGUAUGUCAGGUGUGACAGGGAGUCAGCCGAAUCAACUGCACUUGAACUCGGUGGGGCCUGGGUCCUCCCAGAGCCCCAUGGGCAUGAACCUGCCCGGUCAGCAGCCUCUCUCCCACGAACCGCCCCCCGCCUCCAUGAUGUCGUCCCCCAACCCGCUGGGCUCCAACAUUCCUAUGCACCCCAGUGCACCGGGGGCGGGCGUGCCCCCCCAGAACCCCAUGAUGCUGCCCCCGGGGCCCCAGGACUCCUUGAACCAGCAGUGCGGCCCCGUGCCGAACAGCUCGCAGAUGAUUCCCUCCAACCAGCUGGUGUUCCCCCGCAUGCAGCAGCCCCACGGUGCCAUGCAGUCUCCCGCAGGAGCUAUGCCCAUGGCCCCAGGAGGCGGGGGCGGCCCUGGGAUGCAGCAGCAUUACCCGCCAGGAAUGCCCUUGCCGCCCGAGGACCUUCCCUCCCAGCAGCCCGGCCAGAUGCCCCCUCAGCAGCACAUGAUGGGCAAGAACAUCCCUCCUCGGAUUGGAGAGCCCUAUCCCCCCGUGCUUCCCGGGGUGGCCUCCGUGCUGAAUGACCCCGAGCUCAGCGAGGUCAUUCGCCCCACGCCCACGGGUAUCCCCGAGUUCGACUUGUCCAGGAUCAUCCCGUCAGAGAAGCCAAGCAGCACCUUGCAGUAUUUCCCCAAGAGCGACAGCCAAGCGCCCAAAUCGCAGCCUUCCAACCUCCACCUCAUGAACCUGCAGAACAUGAUGGCUGACCAGCCCGCCGUGCGGCCGGCUAUGAGUGCCCCCAGCCUUCCAGGACAGCCGGGUGUGCAGCGGGGGCUCAGCAUGCCCAUGUGCCAUCCUGGACCAGUGCCCAUGCUGGGCAGGACAGGCAUACCGCCCCAGCAAGGCAUGAUGGGCAACAGCAUGCACCAGGGCAUGAUGUCUCCGCAGCAGAGUCUGAUGGCCCAGCAGAAUUUCAUGCUGAUGCAGGCCAAGCAGAGGAGCAUGUCCGUGUCAGGGGAGAUGUAUGCGCAGACAGGACACAUGAUGUCACCCCAGGGCUCGCUCAUGGGGCCCCCGCCCCAGCAGAACCUGAUGGUCACGCACCAGAUGAGGCAGAGAAGCGUCUCCCUGGACAGCCAAAUGAGUUACAUCCCUGGGCCUGGGAACAUGGCAAACCUGCCUUUCUAACCACGGCUGGCACACCGCGACGGGGAGGGCCAGGGGCUGAUUGUACAAACUUUUUUAAACCUUUCUGUGGGGGAGGGUUGGGGGCCAAUGCCAGUGGAGGAUGCCAAGGAGGAUGUUUUUCAUAUCGGAUUUGCCUCUAUACAGAAAACCAGAUGUGCAGUAAACUUGAUGUGAAUUGGGUUUCUUUUUCCUUUCUUUUUUGGGGGGAAGGGGGUGGAGGGACGGGGGAGUGGGGCUGUUAAUUUUGAAACCUGAGUGGUGACCAGGGACUUCCAACCCUGUGGCAGUUUGUAAAGUUUUCUUUUUUUUUUCCCCUUUUCUCUCUCUCUCUUUUUUUCUUUUUCUUUUCUUUCUUUUUUUUUUUUUUUCUUUUUGGCAACCAAAAUGUGCAAGAAGGUUUUUGGAACUAGCUGUAAAUAGGUCGCUGGGAAAGGCAAAACUUGUGCUGGUUUUUAAUUGUUCUGUAUUUCUGUGUUUUAAUAGAAGCCUCAAAACAUGUUUUAAAGAGACAAAAACAAAAAAUAAGCUAAGGAAGAUGAUGUACAAGGGUUCAAAACUCUCCUUGGAGGAGGCAGGAGGAUCCCCCAAGGCGUGCAGGGCAUUGAGAGAUCCCAUUAUAGAGCAAUUCCUUGUCGAGCCGGUGGCCUUCACGCAUCCAAGCAGUCUGCGGUGCGGGGUGCGUAGUUCCACGCAGAUCUUAGGCCCCGUGGAGGCUGUGCUGAGUUCCAGACCUGCCGGCCCCGGAGGACCGUCGGGAAGGUCGGAGCUGUGGUCCCGGUGAAACGUCGCUGCAGUAGCGAUGGUUCGGCAGGGCAGAGGCAGUCGCUUCUCGGGAUGCAGCUGUCGCUGCUCCGUGGGGAAGCUGCUGUGGCUGCGAAAGGGAGGAUGCCAGCCGUGUGGCUAGAGAAACGCUGAGGAUCUGGUCUCUGCUGGUAGCAGCUUGCUGGGCCUGGAGGUCUCGAUGAGCGGCUCUUUGUAGUCCCCUUCCUCUCCCUUCGUGCUGUGUGUCCUGUGGGCAGGGGUGCGGUGUGUAGGGACGGGCAGGCGCUGAGAUGACCUGGACGAUUCAGUCCUGUGCUUAUAGGAGAGGCUUCUCGGGAACCCGGUUCUUUCGCAGGCUUCCUACCCCAGUCCUUUUCCCCUCCGUCGCCCUAGGCCACCACCCCAUGUCCCUGCUGCUGCCACCGAAUGGUCUCCGCGUCUUCCUCGCCCCUGUCUGUCCUCCGCGCGCCGUGUGUGCUCACGAGCCGUGUAGCUUGCCCGCGGGAUGCAGCCGGCUUGCGGCAGCAAGGCGGGAACUCGGUCAUCGGAGCAGCCAGGUGUUUUGUCGGGCGAGGGCGGCGCAUCCCCUUGCAGCGGUCUGCCGGGGUCCCGGGGGCAGGCUGCACGGUUUGCCCUGAGCUACCUGCAGCAGCCCUGCCCCGUGCAGCGGAGGUCCGGCUGUGGAAGGUAGCCUGUCCCUGUGUGCUGUACCGCGUGUCGGUGUAAGAGUUGUUUGGUGCAGCGUCGGUCGUGUGGUGCUGGAAGUCGUGAGCCAGCCUCUCCGCAGGCUGUUCCGCGUUGCUGAGGGAAGAGGCCAAGCUUGCGUUUCCGCCCCGGCUCCUCGGCUGGCCCAAGCACGGCCGCUGAUCGCCUCGGGCUUCUCUGGGCGUGCUGCACCCCCGGGGUGGUGACUGCCGCCCCGCCAGGUCUUCUGCGCACGGCACUGGUGGGUUUUCCAGAGUUUACUCGUUGAAGGGACUGAGGAGUUAAACGCGCGCGCUCCCUCCUGCACGCGCAGCGCCUCUGGAUUGCAGCAGGGACCUCGUUGCGGCAUGGGGAGCCCGGUGGGCGUCCCACUGCGAACAAGGCGUGCGGCUGCCAGAUGAGCACCAGCUGGAGAUGAGCUCUGCAAAGCCAGGCUGAGCACGCUACCUCUCUUGUAGCAGAGCUCACCUUUCCCUUCCUGCUACCGCAGGGAGGAGAGGGCUUUCGCAAAGGGACGUAGCGAAGGAGGGAGGGAAGGGCGAAGCUUUUCAUCGCGUCGCAAGCUGUUGGAAAGGCCAGCGGGUGCUGAAGUGUCAUCUCAGUGGCUGUGUGGAUCAGACUGGUAACAAGAUGGAGCCACAAAGUCUAAUUGGGAAUAUCUUGAAGUAUUGGGGCGUUGUGUAGAGCGCGUUAAGGGGUGGGAAGUGUGAGUCCAGAUCGAAGGAGGGAUGUCACUCUGGUCUCUUGCUUUGUGUGGUUUGGUGCUUAGAGUGCGACUGAGUAACAUUGUCAAAGGCGGGGAAAUAGGAACAACCCUGGGAAGUGCUUGUCCCCUGCCUUGGCAGUUAGGGCCAAGAGGAAUAAUCCUCAGCCCAGGCUAAAUAAGCCCGCUUUGGACCUGACAUUGUGUGCUCCGUCCUCUCAGAGCGUGUGCUUCGCGUGGGAGGAGCUGGCGUGAGCAGACGUAGCCUUUUCUAGGCUCGACUUGCUUGAAAGGCCCUGGCUUCUCCUGGCUGCACUUUGGGACGUUGGCUGCUGGUGUUUCCUUGUAAGCAGUGAAGCACCAGUGCCAGCCCCCAACCUUGUCCAUCGCCCACCAGCUAGACUCGGUUAAUUUUAAGCCAUAAGAUUUUCUAUUAAAAAAUGGGGUUUUUUGUUUGUCUGUAGACAGCUGCUGUCCCGUUGUUGUCCCUUCGCGCAGCCCCACUGAGAACUUUGCCUGGGGCUUCCCGUCGUCCUUGGGGCAGCAGCCGUUCGCUGUCGCCGUGUCGGCCGGAGCCUGCAGGCUCGGUACCCCUCUGUGCAGGGAGAGGGAGGUCGGUGCUGCUCGUUCGCAGGCUCGGGGCAGCGUGCUGCUGUUUCUGCCUCAUGGGAGGAGGAGGAGGAGGAGGAGGAGGAGGAGGAGGACCUGUCCCGCGGUGGCGAGUGAGUGAGAAGCAGCUGAGCCUUUUAAUUCAGCAGCCCCGGCUGCAAAAGGGAAAUCCUGACCUAAUUUCAGAGCAGCAGAUAGGGCUCUUGGGCAGAGUCCCGCUGCCCUGGAGCCAGCCCUGCCCCUAGUUCUGUGACGGCUGAACGGCAGGGAAAGGACGUGCUGGGUGACAUCCCUCUGCCCUGGGCACCGCUCCCAACCGUGUCUGCUAACAGCGAUGCAGCAGGAGCGUCUCUGGAAGCGGGGUAACAGCCGACCCUUGUCAGACCCGGGCAGAGAGCUCGCCGUCGGCCAGCUGCCCGCCGCCGUGAGCUGCGUCUAGUCUCGUGUCUUGUAGUUUAUUGCUCGGCUUCUAAGCUUGAGUUCUGUGUACUGACUCCGCCUAAUCACAGUAAAAAGGUUCGCCCAUGUUUUAGCCAUGACUUCACGGUGUUUUUCCUGCUCCAAAAAAAAGGUAAACAUUGGGAAACUGCAUCUUUCAAAAUGUCAAACGAUCACACACCCGGAAUUAGCUUUCACGUCGAGGUAAUGGUGACUGACCCGUUCUCUGUCAUCCCAUGGAGAAACUUCCCCAGUCAUUUUGUACCAUUAUAUAAAUAUAUAUAUAAAUAUAAAUAUAUAAAUACAAUAUGUGAAGACAUCUUAUUGGUUUUUAUUUGAAACAAUUUUUAGGCUUGUUUUUGGGUAUCUGUGCUGCCUGUAAUGUAUUGACCUGUUUUAUAGGUGCCUUUUUAUUAAAAAGACAAAUUUCAAAACCUGA